GAUAAACUUUUUUAAAGCGUCACUUCAUGUGAAGCAGUCGUAGGUAACUAACUCUUAAAAACGUGCAUGAACAGCAACAGGUAAAAAAUAGUAGUAGUAAAUCGUGUAAACGUCAAAAAAUGUACCAAAAUUUUACAAAAAUAUAUUUAUUCCUUUUGAUUGUAUGGAUAGUUGAAAAUUCAGAGAGCAAACAAGGAGCGUGUUUAAGCUAUGGUCAUUCGUGUUGGGGAGCACAUGGAAAACGCAAUGAAAACUUGUCUAAUAACCCAAAUUCUUGGUUUUUGUAUAAAAUGGCUAUGAUGCAUAAAAAUGAUAAUGUACCAAUAGAACUUAGACAUCAAUCAAACGAGGGAAAUUUGCCCAAUUAUUUCAAUAUUUUAAAAACAUACAUGCGUAAUUUUGAAAAAAAUAUUAACAGUGAAGAUUAUGAUAGUCCGUCAAACUUACAACUAAAGUUAUCAAGCAGCAAGUACGUAGAACCUUAUAUGGAACCUGAAAACCAUUACAGAAUAACAAAAUUAUGAAUUGGAUGAUAAUGCACAAUUUACCUCAUUAGAUAAAUAUAGAGUGUGUCAGAAAAAUCUUCAGGAUUUAUAGAGCACCUCAUUUAUUUCGUUUUAGACUUUUAGAAAUAUUCUUAUUAUUUUUAUAAGUUAAAACCAGUCUGAAUUUAGAUUCAACAAAUUUUAAACUCAUUAGUUUGUUUUUUUUUUACCGUAAUAUGGUUUACUAAACAAUUACUUGUAUUGGUAGUAAAAAAUUACUACAUAAACGAGAAGUCUUUAGUAAUGAACUUUUUUAUAUUGGGUGAUAAUAAGUAAAAAACGGGCACUAAUGAACGUGUCGCUUGUAACACUAUCACUAAUUUUUUGAGGGAUCAACCAAUAUGCGAGAUGAAACCAAAAAGACAUCCCUAUGGAAAACGAUCCUUUGUCAAUUAAGAAAUUAUUUUUGAAGAUUUUGUUAUUAAUUUAUGGCCACAACCGCAUAAUACAUGUACUCGAUAUUGUUUAUUCUAUAAAAAUCGGAAAUCUUAAAAAGUAUAGUAAUUUAUAUUUUUGAUUAUUUAAUUAAUUUUUAAUUAUAUAAUUGAGAAUUUAAAUCCUGCAAUUAUUUCUGACAUAAUCUAUAGUUAAUAAACAUACCAAGUAAAUCAAUAUCUGUUUAUAUUACUGCACUUCUACAUUGUAUAAUAACGAAAAAAAAUAUUUUU